AAAUUUAGCCUCUACACACUCGGAACUGAUAUGUAUAAAACGCACGUAUGUUUUUAUAGAACUACACUGCCCUGAGUUCUGAACUCUACAAUUCUCUGUUUUUUCCAACUUUUCGGCCAUGGAGAAUAUGAACUCUAAGUACUACUACUUACCUAUCUUGCUAUUUUUUGUUAUCUUUUUAUGGAAAUACUUGCUUCAUCCCAGAAAACAUUUACCACCUAGUCCUAUGUCUCUUCCAAUAAUCGGCCAUCUUUACCUUAUCAAAAAUUCAUUUCACCAGACAUUGACCUCAUUAUCAACUAAAUAUGGACCGGUUCUGUAUCUCCGGUUAGGCUGUCGAAAUUUGCUUGUUGUGUCUUCUCCAUCCGCCGUGGAGGAAUGCUUCACGAAAAACGAUAUCUUAUUUGCAAACCGUCCUCAGACUAUGACUGGAGAUAAGUUUUCCUUCAACUAUAAGGCCGUUGUUUGGGCUUCCUACGGCUAUCUCUGGAGGGCGCUCCGCCGUCUAAUGGUAAUUGAAAUCUUUUCUUCUAAUAGCCUUCAAAAGUCUUCUGCAUUGAGGAGUGAAGAAGUUAUAAUUCUUAUUCGCGGUUUGUUUAAAGCUAGUUGUCAUAAGAAUGGUCGUAGUGGUGCUAAGAUUAACUUGAGUAAUUGGGUUUUUACUUUUGCGUUCAAUGUUAUGAUGAGAAUUGGUACGGGGAAAUGUUGCGUAAGUAAGGAAGACAUAGGAACAGAGAAAGGUAAAAAAAUCAUUGAAGAGAUAAGGGGAUUUUUCUUCGCGAUGUUGGUGGUUUUGAACGUGUGUGAUUUCUUGCCAGUAUUGAAAUGGUUUGGGUACAAAGGAAUUGAGAAGAGGAUGGUCUCAGUUCACAAGAAGAGAAAUGAAUUCUUGAAUAGUUUAUUUGAUGACUUUCGACAGAAGAAAGAAAGUAUUCGUGUUUCAGAGUCAAGUACUGAUAGAAACUGGGAAAAGAAGGGCACACUGGUUGAAACUCUCUUGUCUCUGCAAGAAUCAGAACCUGAAUUCUACACAGAUGAUCUCAUUAAAAGUGUUAUACUGAUGUUGUUUAAUGCCGGAACAGAGACCACAUCGAUGACCAUUCAAUGGGCGAUGCACCUUGUUUUAGCUCACCCUGAGGCAUUUCAUAAGUUGAAGGCUGAGAUUGACAGCAAAGUGGGGAACGAGCGUUUACUAAAUGAAUCUGAUCUCACAAAGCUUCCUUAUUUGCAGUGUGUUAUCAAUGAGACACUGAGAUUAUAUCCUCCUGUACCACUUCUGUUGCCUCACUACUCAUUAGAAGAUUGUACUAUUGGUGGCUACAAUGUACCAAAACAUACGAUCCUAAUGGUUAACGCUUGGGCCAUCCAUAGGGACCCCGAAUUAUGGGACGAGCCUGAAAAGUUUAAGCCAGAGAGAUUUGAGGGAAUGGAAGGGGAAAAAGAAGGAUUCCAUUAUAAAUUUGUGCCAUUUGGAAUGGGGAGAAGAGCAUGCCCUGGAGCUGCAAUGGGCUUACGUACUGUUUCGUUGGUUUUGGGUUCUUUGAUUCAGUGGUUUGAUUGGGAAAAUGUGGAAGUUGAGGAAAACUUAGACGCGUGCUAUAAUUCUAGAAUCACUUUGAACAAGGAUAAGCCUUUGGAGGCCAUAUGCAUUCCGCGCCAGAAUUGUAUCCGAUUCCUUGACCAGCUCUGAUUUUUUUUUUAUGUAUGUAGUGUAAGGAUUUGCCUUUGUGUUCUAAAUGAAUGUUUAUAAAUAAGUAUAUGAGCUUGAUGAAUGCAAAACUCAGUGCCUUGUUCUAUUUGAUAUAUGUUUGUUGCAUGUGGAACAACUUGGAUUGCAAAUGUAAAAGCUUACACACACUUAUAUCAAACCAAUCGAUAUAUGAUAAUAUUGUUUGCACAUA